GGUCGUGGUGCCAAGGAGCUGGAGCUAGAGCAAGAGCAGAGUUUGCUCGCUUGGAAAAUGGGAAACUCUCGCCGAAGGGCGCUGCAUUUCUUUUAACUUGAUGUCCAUGCAGUUUCUUCUAUUCACCCCUUCCUCUUCAUUCUAAAUCUAAGAGGCAGAAAAAUUGGCCAGUGUUCUCACUGAUCUCCAGUGGCUUUGGGCAAAUUUGAGUGGAUAAGACCAUUGGCAGUGAGGAGCAGUUUAAAUGCUGAAGGCAGAAGUGAACAUGAACAUUAGAUGUCUACAGUGUAAAAUGAAUUAAAACUUUGUUACAGAAAUCCAAGAGUGUGAACUCUGUCCAGUGACAGCAAAUCCCUAUUAUGUGAAAAUCUUUCAAAAUAAUUCAGAAAAGCAGUUUUGAUUCAGAAAAACUUCAUGGAAAAAUCUGAGGAAUUUAGAUGAGACUGACAGAUCAUGCAGUCGUCAGGGCACCGAUUCCGGGAUGUUGAUCAUCAUCCUCUGCUGAGCUCUGAAGAUGACUUUGAAUGCUCAGCCGGAAAUGUGGAAGUGGUGGAUCGGAUUUGGUUUAUUCGUGAUGGAUGUGGAAUGGUUUGCGCUGUCAUAACCUGGCUACUGGUUUUAUACGCCGACUUUGUUGUGACUUUUGUAAUGCUGUUGCCUUCCAAAGACUACUGGUACUCACUGAUAAAUGGCAUUGUAUUUAAUAGUCUGGCAGUGCUGGCUCUAUCAUCCCAUCUGAGAACAAUGUUGACAGACCCAGGCGCAGUGCCUAAAGGCAAUGCCACAAAAGAGUAUAUGGAGAGCCUACAGCUGAAGCCAGGGGAGGUGAUCUAUAAGUGCCCAAAGUGUUGCAGUAUUAAGCCAGAACGAGCGCAUCAUUGCAGUAUUUGUAAAAGGUGCAUCCGGAAAAUGGAUCACCAUUGUCCUUGGGUGAACAACUGUGUUGGAGAGAACAAUCAAAAAUUCUUUGUACUCUUUACUAUGUACAUAGCACUGAUUUCAGUCCAUGCACUGAUCCUGUGUGGCUUCCAAUUUUUCUUCUGUAUCAGAGAGCAGUGGAGUGAAUGCAGUGGCUUCUCACCACCCGUAACUGUAAUCCUAAUCAUCUUCUUGUGCCUUGAGGGACUCCUGUUUCUCACGUUCACCUCAGUAAUGUUUGGCACUCAGCUUCACUCAAUAUGCAAUGAUGAGACGGAAAUUGAGCGGUUAAAAAAUGAAAAACCGACAUGGGAAAGGAAGCUACGAUGGGAGGGAAUGAAGAAUGUGUUUGGAGGGCAGCCCUCAUUUCUGUGGAUUAAUCCUUUCUCAGGCAUUAGAAUUAGACGACUCAUUCCCAGAACACUGAAGGGAGGCGCAGAAUUUGCUGUUUGAUUUUGAGGAAGAACAUUUUUGAAAAAGUUAUCUUUCCUAAUAUUAAAAUAAAAUUAGCACAAGACUUAUUUCUUUUCUACGCACUGCCUACUAAGGUACAAUGGAUUAAAUAAAUGCUGCCUGUAAAAAUUGAACAUAGUAACCUAAUUAUGAACAAAUGCCUGAAGUCUGGAACUAGUGAACUGACAAGUCUUCAUCAGCCUCAUAAGAAUGGAUUGCAAAAAUCAAACUGUAGCUUUGAAAGGGCAGUUAUGUGUCCUAUUUCCCUACUGUAUAAACCUCUGCAUAGUUGCUCAUCUUGCAGUUUUGCAUAAUGUACUAUUUGUGACAUAACCCCAAAUAUUUGGAUGUAAACUACUAUGCGAUUGAUAACUUAGGUGACAAUUGGUUGAGCUUUUUUUUAAUCAUAAAGUUUGUAGUCCAUUUCAUCCAAAUCUUUUUCACCUCAUUUGAAAAAUAAUUUUCAGGCAUUACAUUUACAAACUGUUACCUAUGAACUAUAUAAGUUAGAAUUGAAUAAUUUCUUUAAUCUGUUUUUAUAUUUUUUAUAUAUAUAUAUAUAUAUAUAUAAAAAGGGAACUCUAAAGAAGGGGAAACUUUAUUUUUUCAGUUUAUGUAUAUUUCUUUUUUUUUAAUUUCAGAACAGUUUCUUUCCCUCUGUCUGUGGUACGGGUGGGUGUGCACUGUUUUUCAAUAAUCCAAAGUUUACCCUGAACAUAUUCACAUUUUUUAAUUUUAUUUAUUGUUUUGUUGAAAUGCACAGAUGAAUUGUGAGUGUAUUAUUGUUGAUGGCUGUUUCUAAAAUUGAUAUAAAAUAUCUUCACAACAAA